GCGAGCGAACCGGGAAUAGCCCAGACUGAAAAUCCGGGGGCUGUGCUGCUCCCUGAAUUGUAGUCUUGAGAGGCAACCUCUGCAGCGGGCCGUGUGCAGGUUCCCUGGAAGGGGACGCCGAAGAGGGUGACAACCCCGUCGACCGUCGGAUCCUGUUGUGCAACGAGGUCUUGUCCAAGAGUCGGGUUGCUUGGGAAUGCAGCCCCAAUUGGGUGGACGGUGGUCAUGGAAGUCGAAAUCCGSUAAGGAGUGUGUAACAACUCACCUGCCGAAUCAAUCAGCCCCGRAAAUGGAUGGCGCUGAAGCGCGCGACCUAUGCUCGGCCGUCUCGUCGAUUCUGACGCCGCGACGAGUAGGAGGGCGCGAGACCUGCUGCGAAGCUUGGAGCGUGAGCGUAGGUGAAGCGGGUCCCGGUGCAGAUCUUGGUGGUAGUAGCAAAUAUUCAAAUGAGAACUUUGAAGACCGAAGUGGAGAAGGGUUCCAUGUGAACAGCNGUAGUAGCAAAUAUUCAAAUGAGAACUUUGAAGACCGAAGUGGAGAAGGGUUCCAUGUGAACAGCGCUUGGACAUGGGUCAUCUUGAGAGGCAACCUUUGCAAGCGGCCGUGUGCAGGUUCCCUGGAAUGGGACGCCGAAGAGGGUGACAGCCCSGUCGACCGCCGGACCCUGCUGCGCAACGAGGUGUUGUCCAAGAGUYGGGUUGCUUGGGAAUGCAGCCCCAAUUGGGUGGUAAGUCCCAUCCAAGGCUAAAUAUGUGCGAGGGACCGAUAGCGAAGAAGUACUGCGAGGGAAGGAUGAAAAGAACUUUGAAAAGAGAGUUAAAGAGUGCUUGAAAUUGCCCACGAGGUGGAAGAAACCUGAGUGGUGGGAACCCUCUGCGGGUGUAUCGUCCACCAACCACGAUCUGCUGUGAGAGGUUUGAGUGUGAGCAUGCCCGUUGGGACCCGAAAGAUGGUGAACUAUGCCUGAGCAGGGCGAGGCCAGAGGAAACUCUGGUGGAGGCUCGCAGCGAUACUGACGUGCAAAUCGUUCGUCGGACUUGGGUAUAGGGGCGAAAGACUAAUCGAACAGUCUAGUAGCUGGUUCCCUACGAAGUUUUCCUCAGGAUAGCUGGAGCUGUUGAACAGUUUUAUCGGAUAAAGCAAAUGAUUAGAG